AUGCAGGCAUCGCUGGGGCCUGCGCAGAGCGUCCAGGUCCUCGGUCUCAGAGGCAUCGCAGGGGCCUGCUCAGAGCGUCCAGGCGCUCGGGCUCAGAGGCAUCGCUGGGGCCUGCGCAGAGCGUCCAGGCGCUCGGGCUCAGAGGCAUCGCUGGGGCCUGCUCAGGGCGUCCAGGCGCUCGGGCUCAGAGGCGUCGCUGGGGCCUGCGCAGAGCGUCCAGGUCCUCGGGCUCAGAGGCAUCGCUGGGGCCUGCGCAGGGCGUUCAGGCGCUCGGGCUCAGAGGCAUCGCUGGGGCCUGCGCAGAGUGUUCAGGCGCUCGGGCUCCAGAACGCCCACGUGCUCUGGAACACUUUGCAGAGCGUCCGCGCGCCCUGGAGCACAUUUGAGAGCGCCAACUUGCUCUGGAGCAUUUUUCAGAGCGCCCACUUGCUCUGGAGCAUUUUUCAGAGCGCCCACUUGCUCUGGAGGCGCUCGCUGGCCUCCAAGCACCGCUCCCAGAUGGCCCCGGAAGGGCUCCGGCUCCCUGACAUCCAGGGGUUCGGGCUGAACCCAGCGAGCGCCACGACGACGUACCGGGCAGGCGCCCCGUUGCCGGCGCACGCGCUGCGCGGCGCGCUGAGCGGCCUGCUGGACCCGGGAGGCCUGCAGGGCCUGCCCGCGGCCGCGACCCUGCGCCUCGCCCUGCGCGUGGCCGAGGCGGUGGUCGGCGCCGCGGCGGACGAGGCGACGCCCUUCGAGGAUGACCGGCCCCCCACCCUCGAGCAGCCGCUGCGCUCCCUGCUCUGCCCCGCCCCGGCUGGGGCCGGCCGAGUGGACGUCGGCUUCCGCUGCGCCGUGGCGCUGCGGUUCUUACCGCAGGCGGCCCUCAAGGCGGUCUUGGGCGCGGCCAAGGAGGAGUGCAAGGACGGCGGGCUGCUCGAUGGGCUCUGCAUUUUCGGGCUGGGCGGCGCGGAGGGCGACACGCCCCUCACGACGGCAUGUGCCGAGGACCUGGCCGCGGACCCCUGCUCCAGCGCGACGUUCUCCCCACUGCCGCGGGCGGAGGGCGGCCACUCCGUGCCCGGGAUCACGUCCAACAAGUCGUGGCCGUCAAUGUCGUGCGAGCAGAGCUCCGCGGAGCACGCCGGCGACGAGGGCGCGAGGCUGGUGCAGGGCUUUGUGGAGAGGACUGGCGACAUACAGAGCGCCGCGUUGCUCUUCUGCCACGCCGCACAUUUGGAGCGGCCGCCAGCCGCCCUGCGGCGAUACGCGGCUCAGUACGCGUCGCUGUUGGCGCGCUGGCAGAUGUACGAGCAGCGCGCGGACCUCCUGACCCUUCUGAUCUCGCGGCUGCCCACAGAAGACGCGCCCUGCAACCGGGGCCUGGUCGGCCGAGUACUGCAACGGCGCGCUGACGGGCCCGCUGCGGCCCCCGGGGGCCGGGGACGCCGACGUGAUCACGCAGAGGUGCCUCAACAUGAACUGCGGCAAGCCCACGCCCUCCUGCGCCCUGUGCCUGCUCCCUAUCUACGUCGCGCGCUCCCGGGGCGAGGAGCUGGAAGGCGCCGCGCCGUCCGCGAAGCUGCCGUUCGACAGCUGGGCGGCGUGGUGCCAGGUCUGCCACCACGGCGGGCACAUAG